GACCUUAAGAGCGGGAUCUUCUGUGUAACGAUAGCAUCAUGGCUGGGGAAGUGAAUGGCCUGGCUCUCGGGCCCUAGUCACACCGCCUUGCUGGUUUGCACAUGGCGCUGUGUACCUCUACACCUCCCUCUGCACCCGACACAGACAACGUGGUUGCGCAACUUUCAAUCAGGUUGGGAUACUGAGGCAAGUUUGCCAAACCUAUUUCCUCCUCAGCUUGUAUGUUUGUACCCUACAACCAUGUCGGUUCUCUUCUGUUGCCUGGGAUAAGGCUGGCCGAGUCAAUCUCGCCGCCGAGGAUAUAUGAGGCUUUAGCAGAGCCUUGGGUGCAACCCACCAGGCAAUUAGAAGUACCAUGGCCGUUUCCAAUGCCAUUCCGCACGGCGUAUGACCGAAAUUUGGACGGGCGCGGGUGGCUUGUCAAGCUAUCGCCUGGACCAGUCGUUCCCAAGCUAGCUGAUCACCGAUUGAGUGUCUGUUCGACCAAGGAGGCACCUGCCCCUGUCACGAUGGACAUAUAUAAGAUACCUUCACUUCACUACUCCACACGAGUGUGGCUUCCAUGCUUGAGGAACGGGCGCCUGCAUCCCUACUUCAAGUUCUUCUUUCCUUCGGAAGCUUCCUUCCUGUCUUUUUGGCAUAGGGUGGGCCUUAAACCAUCGCUCACACACCCACACUUUUCAAGGUUCUCUCCCCAUCAGUGUCCCAUCCUCUCCAGUUAGCUCCAGCCCCAAUAUGUACAGCUUUCUCUUAUCCUGUAUGCUGGCUGUGGGGGCACAGGCCCUUACAGUACCCCGAAUGACCAGUAAGUUUUCUACCAGAACCCCAAAUGGUGUAGCA